AUGGAUAUUUUUGAGAUGUCGACCCACUGUAUACAGCAUACCCAGAUGGACUGGUACCAGAAGCAAUUACCGAGCCGUCGUUUCAAUGCUCCAUCCCUGGCAUAUGUAUUCUCCAGAUGCUGUUUCAUUGUGGCUGCUCUAUUAUGUGGUUUAUCUUUAUACUACCGCACCACCAAUUUAUGGACGUUAAAAAAUAUGGGUGAUGCGUUUUUAUCCAGAUGGCACCCAUCGCGACUUAUCUUUUUCGGUGCUUUUCAUCGAGUACAUACUGAGCAGAAUGUCCGUGGAAAUUACGUGGUUCUUCAAUUUCUAGGUGACUCACGUAAAGCGUACCAUUUGUACUGCUUUUCGAUGGACAGCACGGGCCAGUGGCUUUUGUCACGCGCUCAUGUACAAAGGAUACAUCAAGGAAAGCGGGCCGUCAAUGAUGUAUGCUCGAUGGCGGGUCACAUUGCAGAGUGUCGUGUUGCAAGCCAUUUUCUACGCAGCAUGCGGAUAAGCACGGUGCGCAAUGUAUCUGAAUCAUUGGAGUUAGAGGUGGAGAGAGUGUCAAGUGCAAAGCGGCAUAAAUUGGUAGUUUGCAUGGCGCCGGCUUAUGUCCUCUUGGAAUGGCGCAUUCUGCUGCUUGGUAUCGAAACCUGGCUGGCGCUUGGCGCUACAAAAAUUAUUAUUCCAAUACAGUCGAUAUCAACAAAUGCUUACCUAAUGCUGAAAGAAUAUGAAAAAGAUGGUAAAUUACGAAAUUCGCUGAAUAAGUGA